AAGCAGUGGCCGCUCAUUCUGCGCUACAGAGCCUUCUGUAUAGGCGAGGAGUCUAAACAAACACGUGCGGAUUUGUUAUCACCUAAUUUUCGGACUUUCUUCCAACCCGCGCUGGGACUACUAAAGCAUGGUGCGAGGAGGCGAAUUGGAGAUGGUGUAGCCAUCACUGGAAUGAUUGACAAGGACGUGUGAGUUGAAAGUUUGGAAAACUGGAUCCCAUAUACCGCUCCCCCACUAUGGACAGCACAGUCAUGUGCUGGAACAAGACCAGCAUGGUCAACUUCAUCAAGGGGCUGGCCUCACCAGGGUACAGCAAGCCUCCCGUCCCCCCAGUGUGCUGCUCACAGGGCGAGAAGGGGCCACCAGCCAUGAUGCCCAUCAGUGUGGACCCAGAGAGCCGACCGGGCGAGUAUGUGCUCAAGAGCCUCUUCGCAAACUUUACCACCAUCUCAGAGUGCAAAAUCCACAUUGUCAUGGCCGAGCCUCUGGAAAAACCUCUGAUAAAGUCUCUUCAGAGAGGUGAAGAUCCACAAUUUGACCAACUGAUCAGCACAAUGAGUUCUCUGGCCGAGUAUUGCCUGCCAUCUAUCUUGCGCACACUGUUUGACUGGUACAAAAGACAAAACGGUGUUGACGAUGAAUCCCAUGAGUACAGGCCGCGUUCCCAUACAAAGUCCAAAAAUGAUGAGCAACAGAAAGAUUUUCUGCUCGAGAGGAGAGACCUCGCAAUCGACUUUAUCUUCUCAUUAGUACUCAUAGAGGUUCUAAAACAGAUGCCCCUCCACCCAGUUGUGGAUGGUUUGGUCCAUGAAGUCAUUAAUUUAGCUUUUAAGCACUUUAAAUACAAAGAUGGGUACCAUGGUCCCAACACUGCCAACAUGCACAUAGUAGCUGAUCUCUAUGCAGAAGUAAUAGGAGUCUUAGCACAAGCAAAAUUUCCUGCUGUAAAAAAGAAGUUCAUGAGUGAGCUGAAAGAGCUCCGUCAGAAGGAGCAGAGUCCGUACGUGGUCCAGAGCACCAUCAGCCUCAUCAUGGGUGUUAAGUUCUUCAGAGUGAAGAUGUAUCCUGUAGAGGAGUUUGAAGCCUCCUUUCAGUUCAUGCAGGAGUGUGCACAGUAUUUCCUGGAAGUGAAGGAAAAAGACAUCAAACACGCUUUAGCAGGACUCUUUGUGGAAAUUCUGAUUCCUGUUGCAGCGGCUGUCAAGAAUGAGGUUAAUGUUCCUUGUCUAAGGAACUUUGUGGAGAGCUUGUAUGAUUCCACCUUGGAUCUGUCAACAAGAAAAAAGCAUUCUCUGGCUUUGUAUCCACUGGUGACGUGUUUGCUGUGUGUCAGCCAGAAACAAUUCUUCCUCAACCGAUGGCACAUCUUUCUCAACAACUGCCUAUCCAAUCUUAAAAGCAAGGACCCAAAAAUGGCACGGGUAGCAUUGGAAUCCCUCUACCGACUCUUGUGGGUCUACAUGAUCCGCAUUAAAUGCGAGAGCAACACUGCGACGCAGGGACGCCUCAACUCUAUUGUGAUGACCCUGUUCCCCAAAGGAUCUCGUAGCGUGGUUCCUAAAGACAUGCCUCUCAAUAUAUUCAUUAAAAUUAUCCAGUUUAUUGCACAGGAAAGACUUGACUUUGCAAUGAAAGAAGUCAUUUUUGACCUACUGUGUGUUGGGAAACCAGCAAAAGCCUUUAGUCUUAAUCCAGAGAGAAUGAAUAUAGGUCUCAGAGCAUUCCUGGUCAUUGCUGACAAGCUGCAGCAGAAAGAUGGCGAACCCCCCAUGCCUAACACAGGAGCCACGCUACCAUCUGGGAACACGCUACGGGUCAAAAAGAUAUACCUGAGCAAGCCUCUCUCUGAGGAGGAGGCAAAAGUCAUUGGGAUGUCUCUCUAUUACUCCCAAGUGCGAAAAGCUUUAGACAGCAUCCUGAGACAUUUGGAUAAGGAAGUAGGCCGCUGUAUGAUGCUGAGUAACGCACAGAUGCUGAAUAAGGAACCCGAGGAUAUGAUCACGGGUGAGCGAAAGCCUAAAAUUGACCUCUUUCGGACAUGCAUGGCUGCCAUUCCACGCAUCCUUCCUGAUGGCAUGUCCAAGUCAGAACUCAUAGACCUUUUGGCACGGUUAACAAUCCAUAUGGAUGAUGAACUGCGUCUUAUAGCUCAGAAUUCCCUGCAGAGUCUACUGGUGGACUUUUCCGACUGGCGAGAAGAAGUUCUCCUGGGCUAUUGCAGCUUCCUGCUGCGUGAGGUGCAGGACACACACCAAGGUCUGCUUGACUCCUCACUUAAACUGCUGCUACAGUUACUCACCCAGUGGAAACUGGCCCUGCUAAGCACCAGCAAGAGCCUGGACACUUCUAAGAUCUGCUCCACUGAAUUGUUACAGAGUAACUCUGGCUCCAGGCUGCCUGCAGAACGGACCCCUCACUCUGCAGUACUACACGCUGUUGAGGGUCUCGCUCUAGUGCUGCUGUGCUCCUGCCAGACCGCCACACGUAAACUAGCUGUGUCCAUCCUUCGAGAAGUCCGCCAAAUCUUCCUCACCAUCGGACAGACUGAAGAUGAUGAGAGGCCCAUGAUAGAUGUUUUGGACCAGCUGAGUCCGGUGGUGCUCGAGAGCUUUGCCAGCGUGGCAGUGGCAGACUCGGCAACUCUCCCAGCUGGGCAGCAUGCAGACCUGCAGUGGCUGGUGGAGUGGAACGGAUCUCUGGUCGGCAGCCACUACGAUGUGCGGAGCCCGUCUCGUGUGUGGAUCUUGGCUCAGUCUUUGAAAGAGCCUUGGGCUCUGUGCCUCUUCAGUCUUCUGAGACAAGAGUACCUGCCCAAGCACUGCCCCACGGCGCUCAGCUACGCAUGGCCCUAUGCCUUCACCCGCCUGCAACUCCUCAUGCCCUUACUCGAGCCCAGCUACCCAGCUAAUGCUAAGAAGACAAACUCAGCUGGUUUAGCAGACAGCUAUGUGUCUCUCUGGAGAAACUACCUGAUUCUGUGUUUUGGGGUGGCCAAACCCAGCAUCAUGAGUCCAGGUCAUCUCCGAGCCUCCACCCCUGAGAUCAUCACACCCAGCACAGAGAGCAACAGCAGCUAUGACAGUAAGAUUCUGGGGACCCCAUCUGUCGCUUGGCUUCUGAAGCAGUUGGUCCCACUGAUGCGAUCAGAGAGCAUUGACAUCACAGAGUCUUUGGUGCUUGGAUUUGGUCGCACAAACUCACUUGUUUUCAGAGAGCUGGUUGAGGAACUGCAUCCUUUGAUGAAGGAAGCUUUAGAAAGGAGACCUGAGAAUAAAAAACGUAGAGAGAGGAGAGAUCUGCUGAGACUCCAGCUCCUCAGGAUCUUUGAGCUGUUAGCGGAUGCUGGUGUGAUCAGUGACAGCACUAAUGGAGCUCUGGAACGGGAUACUCUGGCCUUGGGCGCUCUCUUUCUUGAGUAUGUGGAUCUGACCCGGAUGCUUCUGGAAGCUGAGAAUGACAAAGACAUGGAGAUUCUCAAAGACAUCCGAGCUCACUUCAGUGCCAUGGUGGCCAACCUUAUACAGUGCAUCCCAGUGCAUCAUCGGCGUUUCUUUUUUCCUCAACAAAACCUUCGUCACCACCUCUUCAUCCUCUUCAGCCAAUGGGCUGGCCCCUUCAGUAUCAUGUUCACUCCCCUGGAUCGCUAUAGCGACCGGAACCAUCAGAUUACUAGAUACCAGUAUUGUGCCCUUAAGGCCAUGUCGACUGUGCUUUGUUGUGGCCCUGUGUUCGACAGCGGAGGCCUCUCUCCUGAUGGCUACCUCUAUAAGUGGCUGGAUAACAUCCUUGCCUGCCAGGAUCUGCGGGUUCAUCAGCUUGGCUGUGAGGUGGUGGUUCUUCUGCUAGAAUUGAACCCAGAUCAGGUGAAUCUGUUCAACUGGGCUGUGGACCGAUGUUACACUGGCUCUUGCCAGCUGGCCUCUGGUUGCUUCAAAGCCAUUGCCACUGUCUGUGGUAGCAGAAACUACUCCAGUGAUAUUGUGACUCUUCUGAACCUUGUUCUCUUCAAAGCGUCUGAUGCAAACAGAGAGAUCUAUGAGAUUGCAAUGCAAUUAAUGCAGAUUCUGGAGGCCAAGCUGUCUGUGUAUUCUAAGAGGAUUUUGAAACAGAAAAGUGGUGGUAUUCUUUAUGGAACACACGGGCCUCUUCCUCCCCUCUACAGUCUUUCUGUAACCCAGCUCUCCAAACAGCUUGCCAGGAUGUACCCUGAACUCACACUGCCCCUCUUCUCGGAGGUGAGCCAGAGGUUCCCCACCACCCAUCCAAACGGGCGUCAGGUCAUGCUGACCUACCUGCUCCCCUGGCUCAGUAACAUUGAGCUGGUGGAUGGAGGCCUGCUACUCAUGGUCUCCAGUCCCAGCAGCUCUGUGAACAACAAGAAGAGUAACAUUCACAACACCUCACCACCUCACUUGCUCCAUGGCACAGGUUGGGGCUCACUCCAAGCCUCCUACCUGGUCCUAAACAACCUCAUGUUCAUGACCGCAAAGUAUGGAGAUGAUGUCCCAGGUGCAGAAAUGGAGAACGCCUGGAAUGCUUUGGUCAGUAAUGACCGGUGGAGUAAUAACCUGCGGACCACCCUACAGUUCCUCAUCAGUUUAUGUGGGGUCAGUAGCGACACCGCUCUCCUUCCUCAUAUUAAGAAGGUGGUCAUCUACUUGUGCCGCAACAACACCAUUCAAACCAUGGAGGAGCUGCUGUAUGAACUUCAGCAGACAGACCCCGUUAACCCUGUUGUGGUGCAUUGUGACAAUCCUCCAUUCUACCGCUUCUCAGCCACAAGCAAAAUUACCACCACUACCUCAGGUCCACCUUCCAGUAGCAAAACAGUGGUAUCUGGCCAAGAAAACAUCUCUGACGCAGCUGAAACGGCAGUUAUAAAAGACAGUGAUGACAGGCUAAACAGCAUCCUACGAGCUCAUAACCGCUUGGAAUCUCGAUACAGCAGCAGUUCUGGAGGAUCCUACGAUGAGGAAAAGAGUGAGCCCGUCCCACCAUAUGCCAUGUGGCUGAUGAGCGUGCUGGAGUCCAAUCAGCCGCUUCCUCUUCCAAUGCCAGUUAAUGGAGGGUGCUGGGCUCCACUUGUCGACUAUCUACCUGAAACUGUCACUCCAAGAGGACCCUUGCACAGGUGUAACAUUGCAGUGAUCUUCAUGACAGAGCUGGUGGUGGAUCACAGUGUAAAGGAGGACUGGGCCAUACACCUCCCUCUUCUGCUUCAUGCCUGUUUCCUGGCUAUGGACCACUACUGUCUGGAGGUGUUUGAGCACUGUAAGAGGCUCCUCUUGCAUCUUCUCAUCACUCUGUCAUGCAACAACAAUUUCAGCCUCAUCGCCUCUGUCCUGCUAAACACCAGAGAUGUCACCAGCAACAAGAGUCUGACUUUUAAACCCACCUACCAACCAGAGUUCUUCUACACAGGUGGUGUGGACUUCCUGCGGAAUGGCCAGGCGUCUCCGGUGCCGGAUUCUGGCCUCAGUUCAUCCUCUACCUCCUCGAGUCUGAGUCUUGGAGGCAGCAGUUCCAACCUUCCUCACUUGGCCCAGGAAGAGGUGGAGCAGCUGGAGAGCAGCACUGAAGAUGAUGAGAAGAGCAGCAAACUUAUUGAGUUUCUCACUACCAGGCCUUUUGGACCAUUAUGGAGCCAUGAAGACAUCACUCCUAAGAAUCCACACUCAAAGAGCACUGAGCACCUCACCAACUUAUUGCGACAUGUUGUGUCUGUGUUCAAAGAGUCCAAAUCAGAUCUUCGUCUUGAGCAGCAGCUGAGUGAUGUAGCAUUACAGAUGGCUCUAUGCAGCUCCUCCAGGCAUUAUGCUGGACGCUCCUUCCAGGUUUUUAGAGCCCUACGGCAGCCUCUCUCAGCACUGGCUGUGUCUGACCUGCUUUCUCGCUUGGUGGAAGUGGUUGGUGAGCACGGAGAGGAGGUGCAGGGUUAUGUGAUGGAGCUUCUCCUCACUGUUGAGUCUGUGGUGGAUCACCUGGCUGAGUGCCUGAAGAACAAUGACUUCUUUGUCAUACUAAGGGCAUCUUCACCCGAUCUCCCAUCCAGUGGCAAGUUAACACUAAACCAUAAGAGUACUAGUCAACUGGAAUUGAUCCCAGGAUCAGGCACAGCCUCUGAGCGAAUCCGCCACCAACGUAGCUACUCCGUACCCAAGCGCUUUGUCGAGGCUGAGCGUUCCUCUGAGGUUCCCCGGAGUGCCACCCUGGACCGCAUCCAUGCUUACACCCACCAUCAUCAGAACAAUCUCUCCAAGCUCUGUUCUCAGUCUUCCUCUUCCUCCAGAGACAACGUGGUCUCCACUGACCCAGCCAACGUCAACCACCCUCACAACCUACUGGCCACCAUCUUCUGGGCGGCAGUGUCACUUAUGGAGUCAGACUUUGAGUUUGAGUACCAGAUGUCCCUCAGGUUGUUAGGCAAGCUGCUAGGCCACAUUUCUUUGGAUAAGCAGGAAUACAAAGAGAAGCUGGAAAAGAUCCAGAUCCAGCUCAAAUGGAAGGAGUUCUCGGGGCUUCAGCAGCUGCUCUUGAAGGGCUUUACCUCCGCCAACACCACAGAACUCACCUUGGAGCUUUUCAGCCAGCUCACGUCUGUGUCACGCCUACCAGUGGUGGACACGACACAAGCUAUAGGUUUUCCAUUGAAUGUGCUCUGCCUCAUCCCCCACCUGGUGCUCCACUUUGACUCGCCCACCCAAUUCUGUAAGGUCGUGGCCGAGAGAAUUUCCCAGGUUUGCCUUGAGGAAAACAACUCUAAGUUGUCCAACCUUGCUCAUGUGAUGACACUGUACAAAACACACUCCUAUACACGAGACUGCUUCUCCUGGGUCAACGUGGUGUGCCGCUACCUGCAUGAAGCCUUCAGUGACAGCACACUUAACAUGGUUACAUAUAUGACUGAGUUGUUGGAGAAAGGACUACCCAGCAUGCAACAAACUCUUCUCCAGAUUAUCUACAGUCUACUGAGUCACAUGGACUUGAGUGGCAUUCACGCUAAACCCUUCAACAUGGAGGUUCUUACAACCAUAGAGAAGUUUGUUCAGACUGCACAUUGGAAGGAAGCCUUGAACAUAUUAAAGUUGGUGGUCUCCCGCUCGGCUAGUCUGGUUUCGCCUUUGUCCCCACAGAGUAAUGCAUCCAACGUGGAUGUGAGGCAUGUGUGGGAUACGCCCUCCAAAGCCCUGCCCGGGAAGACCCUAAACUUUCACUUCGAUAUCUCUGAGACACCAGUGAUUGGCCAGCGAUAUGAUGAGCUUCACAGCUCUCUGAGGCAAGAUGGGAAGAAUGAAGGAGUGAUAAAUGUGGCAUGCAGUGCCUCCUCCACAUCCUCAGGCUCUUACCAAAACAACCACGUGCUGGUGCCCGUCAGCUGGAAACGGCCACAGUCCUCACAGAAGAGGACUCGUGAGAAGCUGGUGAAUGUAUUGACCUUGUGUGGGCAAGAAGUUGGACUCACCAAAAACCCAUCUGUGAUUUUCUCAUCCUGUGGAGAACUGGACCUGAUUGAGCACCAGCCCAGUCUGGUGUCCUCUGAGGAAGGCACACGGGACACAGAAAACAUGGAUGACACCACUUCUGAACAGCAGUUCCGGGUAUUCAGGGACUUUGACUUCUUGGAUGUAGAACUGGAAGAUGGAGAGGGUGAAACAGUUGACAGUUUUAACUGGGGUGCAAGGAGGCGUUCUAUUGACAGUCUGGACCAGGCUGAGCCCCUGCCUAUGGAGGAGGACAGCCAGCUCUCGGGCAGUUCACCCAGUCUGUGUCCAAUUGUCCAUGAUGAUUCUGAUGAGUCCUCUGAAGAGGAGUCCCUCACGGCCAGCCAGAUCCUCUCUGCCUCACAACUAAAUGUCAGCCUGUCCCCCACUGAAGAAUUAAACCCAAUGGACUCUCCGCCGGUCUACUUUGACAGUACUCAAGCUGACUCAAUCGCUCUUUCAACCCCAACGCCCAGUUUUGAGAUCUCGCUACCCGAGGGCUCAAACCAUCGGGUUGAGAAUUUAGCUGAAGAAGAUGAAGCCAGCGUCAAUGAGAACGAUAUAUCACUUUGCAUUUGUGAGCUGCUGCCUGCUUUCAGUUCCUCUGACACCAUAACAUUGGACACACCCCAAAGGGAAGAUAGCAGCUUGAUGGACCACGAGACAAGCUGUUUACCCAGUGGGUUUGGAGACCAGCACAGCUCUUUGGCACAGGCAGAGGAGGAGAAGGAGGACCUGUUGCUCGAGUCUCGUUCCUCACCUCCACCAUCUCCCUUUUUCUCCGCCAUCCUGGCUGCCUUCCAGCCAACGGUGUGUGAUGAUGCCGAGGAGGCUUGGCGCAGUCAUCUUAACCAGCUGGUGGCCGACUCUGAUGGCUCUUGUGCCGUCUACACCUUCCAAGUCUUCUCCUCACUCUUUCAGAGUUUACAGACCAAGUUCUGCACCUUGACCUGUGAUGCUGCUGGUUACCUUGGUGAUGGCCUCCGUGGGUUUGGAGCAAAGUUUGUAAGGUCUUCCCAGAUGCUGACAUCAUGCUCUGAAUGUCCCACAUUGUUUGUCGAUGCAGACACUAUUGUAUCAUAUGGUCUAUUGGAGAAGAUGAAGUUCAGUGUACUGGAGCUGCAGGAAUACUUGGAGACCUACAACAACAAAAAGGAGGCAGUUACAUCAUGGCUGAGUAACUGCAAGGCCGGCUUCCCCAAAAGUGCUGGAGAUGGAGUGAUCACCUACCAACCUGCUGAAACAGAGGAGAAGCAAAUGGAAUAUCUUGCACAACUGGAACUUUGUCAAAGACUCUACAAACUCCACUUUCAACUGCUGCUGCUUUUUCAGUCUUACUGUAAGCUGAUUGGUCAGAUUCACGCUAUAAGUGCUGUCCCAGAGCUGCAGAACAUGUCCAUUGAGCUGAGUGAGCUGAGGAGGAACCUGCAGGCAGCAGCAGCCUUAGUAGCCAGUGAGCCAGCAGCCGAGCGAAGAGAUCCCAACGCUGAGUCCACCUACAGCUCCUCUGAAGCUGCUGUACAGGCCAUUCUGGAGAGCCUGAAAAACAACGAGUUCUCCAGAGCCAUUCGUUACAUACAGGAAUGCAGAAAACUGUGGCCAAAUGACAUCUUCGGCAGCAACUCAGAGAACGAGAUACACACUCUGCUCAACAUCUACUUCCGGCACCAAACUCUGGGGCAGAUAGGCACCUUUGCUCUGGUUGGUUCCAACCAAGACAUGUCUGAGAUCUGCAGCCGUCUCACUGAGCUCAACUGUGAAAUCCGAGACAUGAUCCGUCGAGCACAGGGUUACCGAGCCAUCACCGCCUACCUUCCGGACUCCAGCGUGAUUGGCAUCAGCCUUUGAGUUGAACUUUGAAGGAUUUCACCCUGGCUUUGACCUUCUUUCAGCAAUCCUGUCUGAAGAUGCUGCUGCAUUCAUCGUUCUCCCCAGCAUACACAAUACUGCCCUGCCCAUGCUCUCCAUAAGAAGUUACAGAAUGUAACUCGAAUCCCUUAGAACAUUCAAUAGGAACUGGACGAAAAACUUGAGGAGGUUUAGCUGAAACAAAGACGCCUUGGCUUUUUUGCACUACUACAUAUGAAUGGGGCCACCCCCCUGCCUCUGAUCUAGGGGCCCCUACUGCUGCAGGCAUCAAAGAUAUACCAAAGCUCCACGAAUGGCUCCUCCUGUCCAUGUCUACCAUUAUAAAUGUUAUGGGAAAAUGUGCAAUGCCUCACUCAAAGUGAAACUUUUCAUCUUAGAGAGAAUGUUUUGAAAUUUCAGUGCUCUCAGCUACAUGAUACAGAAAUACAGAAUGAUAUAGAAAUCCUCUGUUGUUGUUUUUUAUUUGUUAUGGCUCAGUAGAAGCUGAAAGCCUUUGUUAAUGUGGCUUUUUUUAAUUGUUAGAUCAUUCACAGAGCACAUCCUUGCCUCAGCUGUAACGCAUACACACAGAAUGUCUCCAACAUGAUGCAAUGCUACUGUCGGAGAGACCUGGAUGCAUAAAGGGGUCAUCCAGCACUUAUUUAUGGGGUUGUUUAAUUUAACUGUCUUUCUACUGUUUAGUUGCUCAUAGAAGAUGUAUUUAUAUUCUCAAAAGAAAUAUCAUCAUGCUUAAAAUGGUAUAGUUUUAUAGGAUGGAAUUUUCAGUCUGUUGAAAUGGCCAAGCAUGCAAAGGUAUGCACCAUAAGAGGAAAUAGAGAUAUUUAUGGAUUAAGAAAUUAUUUUAACUAAAAGAUACAUUUGUAUAUAUUAGUCGGAGUGUAGCCCAUACUUGUAAGAUUGUAUUUUUAUGUUUUUUUUUUUUUUUCCUGUCUGCUGUAUGAAAGUGUGCAUGCAAUAAAUAAUAUAAAUAAAAAUAUCUGCAUAGUUGUGCA